AUGUAUAGGACCAAAAUAAUUUCUCUUUGGAUUUUGUUGUAUAGCUUGUUGGCUGGUGUAGUUUAUGGUGCAGGUGAUAAAGAUGAUGGUAAAGAGGGUACAGAGCUUUUUUGUGCAGUUAUGAAUUCAAUUACUGGUUCUUAUAUUGAUUUAUCACAAUUAUCAUCGACACCAAAUAACUCUGGGGCAAGCAAAGAAAGGAAACCAACUAGAAAGAAUGCGAAGCUAGGGUAUGACAUGGCAAAGACAAGGUGGUUAGUGAAAGGCUGGGACUAUGACCAUCCUAAUAUGUAUAGGAACUUUACAAUGAGUAUUUGUGGAACUGCAAUUAGUAAGCAAGAUGAAGAAUUGUCGAGACAACUAGAUAACAGUACAGGUGCUUAUUAUUUUGACAAUAUCACUGAAGAAUAUAUCUCAAUUGGUGAUUUCAGUACGAAACCUGUAUUGCUGGGUGACAGUAAUGUUAUGAACAAGAAAUUAACGAUGAAAUAUGUCAAUGGGUCAAUGUGUCCAAAUGGUAUAGACCGUAAAUCUACUCUAUUAAAUUUUGUUUGUGAUAGAGAGAUUCAAUCAAAGGCGUCGAUUAAUUUCUUGGGCAGUCUUAAUGACUGUUCAUAUAUUUUUGAAGUUAGGAGUAUCUAUGCAUGUCCAACAUCUAAUCAAAAGAACGAGGUUAAUGUUAUAGGUAUAUUUUUUGGUAUAUUUUUCGUGUUUUUCAUGGUUGAAUAUAUCAGGAGGAAAAUGACUAAAAUGCUAAGUGACAAUAGAAUAAGCAGUGGUAACUCUUCUGCGAGACGUUCAACUUUUGGUCAUGACAAUAGCUUCCAUCCUAGAUGGGAAAUAGUUGAAAGAGAUUCUAUUAUCAAGACAUUUUUUAAAACCGCCAGUGGUAUCGUUACAGGUAUCAGUAAUAAGAUAUUGAACUCCAGAGCGUUCGGCAAAAUUUCAGGUAAUGUUCAUCGAGGUAAUAACAGUGGAUAUUAUCCUGCUAACAAUAGCAACACCUGGAGAUUUAAUGGUAACAGCGGUACCAAUGCGAACCAAGGAUCAAGAAAUGAUAUUUACUCUAGUAUCAGAUUAACAGCGGCAACUGGACGUAGCCAAGAGUCGUUCAUAAGAGAUAUGGAGGCACAAAAUAACAUACUAGACAGCCUUGAGGUUAACAGUGCCAAUACUGGGCCAGGCAGCAACACCGCAGGUGAUACCGAUAACGAGCAUAUAAGUGGCAAUGGCAAUGGCAAUGGCAGUGAUAGUAAUACUAAUGGAACAGAGCAUUAA